AUGGCGAUAAUUGAAGAGUUUGUUGAAGGAGAAGAAGAUAUUUUGGAUAAGUGUGAAAAUCUGAAAAAAGAGGGAAAUUCGAAAUUUGCGGAAGGAAAAUAUGAAGAAGCUGAAAAAAUCUAUAAAGAAGCUUUUGAAUUGUGUCCCGAAACAUCGAAUGAACUCAAAGCGAUUCUUCUCUCAAAUCUUGCAGCCGCUCAAAUAAAAUUAGAAAAAUGGCAAAAUGCCGCAGAAUCGGCGACAAAUGCAAUUGAACUUGGUGUGAAAAAUGAGAAAGCAUUGGAACGACGAGCAUUUGCUUAUUCGAAUAUUUCGGAAAAAUAUGAGUCGGCAAUUGAGGAUUAUCAAAAAUUGGCAGAGAUUUGUGAGAAGAGACGAAAAAACGAGUUUGAUAGAAAAAUACAGGAUUUGAAUCUGAAAAUUGGCGAGCGAAAUGAGGCGCUGAAAAAAGAUGUUAUGGAAAAAUUGAAAGGAUUUGGUAAGUUCGAGGGUUUUAUGACUAACAGGGAAUAGUUUCCAAUAAAAACGGGAUAUUUUUUUUUGAAAAUUGUUCAAGAUCUCAACCUCCGGAUUCUCAUGAAAGAAAUUUAUAUUUACAAAAUUUUUUUUGAGUUGGAAUCUAUUAAAAUAAAAUUUUUCAAAUUUUUUCAGGCGAUUUCUGUCUUCGACCAUUUGGCCUUUCAACUGAUAGUUUUGAAUUGAAGCAAAAUGAACAAGGCGGAUAUUCAGUGCAAAUGAAGCAACAACAACAACAAUCACAAGAAGGAGAAUCUGCAGCCCCAAAUAAUUCAGAUGUGUAAGAAAUUUUUAAUGAAUUUUAUAUGAAUGGUACUUUUAAGUCUUUGAAUAAUCUUGAAAAAUUCGAAUUUUCUUGAAGUUCUACAUUUUCAGCGAUUAAAACUGUGCUGAACACGCACAUAUUUUGCCUGGAAAUAAGUAGGUUGUGUUGAAUAGAAAGAGUUGAGUUUCACUUACGAAUCGCAUCCUCCAUUUUGAAAACCGCCGCAAAAAACAAGAAAAAAAGAGAAAAAAAGAAAAAAAUGGAAUUUGUCGAUCGAGCAGUGCAUCUCGACUUCGUGACGAGGCCCGUCAAGCCAACAACUCGUCCUCCCUUUAAUUGGCAAGCUGCCCAAACCAAUUGUGCGCAAGUUUGCGUCAUGGUCUCUCAUUGCGGACUUUUAAAUUCAUUUUUCUUGAGCGUUUUUUUAUAUGGAAGAUUUUGGGGUUUUGGUCCUAAUUUGCGAAUAAAUCUGUAAAAAAAUUGAAGGAUAAUUUUUGCAGGAUGGAUUCGUCUAUUUUCAAACCACUGAAACAAUUGUCUGGUUCUCACGUCGUGGCAGACAAAUGGGAAAAGAUAAUUUCGUGGAGACGCAGACAUUUUGUGUGGUCUCGCAGCGAUGCACCUGGGCGACCGGGGAGAGUACGGUUUGACGCUUGGUCUCGCAGCGAUUCACCUGGGCGACCGGGGAGAGUACGGUUUCGCCAAUUGGUCUUGCAGCGAUUCACCUGGGCGAUCGGGGACAGUACGGUGUCUUUUUUCUCUGCAUCUCCUCGGAUUUGUGUGGUGGCACGACGUGUUCUGAAUGGACUGGCCAAAAAAAGUUUCUUUCCACAACACUUGGUUCAGCAUGUCCUUUCGUCGUCAUUUAUCAUCACAAUUUUUGCAUGUUGUUGCAUCCGCAAUAAUUAUUUAUUAUUGUACGUGACCUACACGUACCAAUUCGUGGCAUUGCUAAGCUGACGUUGCUUUAGCCGUCAGACUCGUCACCGUAUCCAACACAAGGAUACAACACAUGUUUAUCAUUUGGAGCGCAAUAAAAAAGUGUAUACAUUUGAAUUUCCCGAUGGAGUCAAGAUAGUUGAUGUCCAAACAAAGGUAAAUUAUAUUCUUUCAUUUAUAAAUUGGUUAAUCUAAAUUUUGAACAUUUUCAGAUGGAUUGUUCGGUAUCUUAGUUAGCACAAGCGAUGCAAAUGCAACAUGAGGUGCUCAAAAUUUUCUAGUUGACCUGGAAUCGCAGUUAGGAUCACAUGUUAAUCUCAAAUUAGCUUGGACCUUGGGCGUGCCAGAAGUGGUUUGUUAACUUAUCAUAUGCGUAUAAGAAUUAUUUUUAAAAUGUUCAGAUUACUGUUGUGAAGACACUUUUCACAAACGAAGAUAUGCACAGAAAGAGAAAGGCAUUGAAAUUGUAUCGAAACUUCGAAAAUUGGCCUCAUGUUGUUGCAAUUGGCGCGAAAAAUUCAUGUUGUUUUAUCGGUAAUCUUCAACAACAAGAAGAUUUUGAUCCGGAAUCAUUGUUCAUCAAUACGGUAAUUAUUAUCAAUGUUCUGUGUGAGUUAAUUCUAUUAUUCUUUCUUUACAUGAUAAAGAAUUAUUUUCAGCUCCAAGCCGAUCGGAAUCUCGCCGAACAUUCACUUAUACAUCAGAAGAUUUUUCGAAAACCUACGAUGUUGCAGUUGUUAGUGUUACAUCGCUGGGUUUUUUGCCAAGAAGCCGAACACUAUUAGUUGGGAUUGAUAUGGGAGGAAUUAUUAAAGUUGCAUUGAACCCAUCAAGUUCAAUAAAAUCAUUACCACUCCAACGCCCAAUCCGACAAAUUGCAACAGUGGAACCAGAAGAUGAGCCGGAUCGAGAUGAAUAUUUCAUUGCACUUUGA